AUGGCGUCCGAACGUUACAGUUUCUCUCUCACAACUUUUAGUCCUUCUGGAAAAUUGGUGCAAAUUGAAUAUGCUUUAGCAGCUGUAGCAGCUGGUGGUACCUCCGUUGGAAUUAAAGCGUCGAAUGGUGUCGUGAUUGCAACCGAAAACAAACACAAGAGCAUUUUAUACGAUGAACACAGUGUUAACAAAGUCGAAAUGAUCACAGGACAUAUCGGAAUGGUAUACUCGGGUAUGGGUCCAGAUUACCGUCUCCUCGUGACCCAAGCUCGUAAGAUGGCCCAACAAUACUAUCUGAUGUACCACGAGCCGAUACCCACGGCUCAACUGGUUCAACGUGUUGCUACAGUCAUGCAGGAGUACACACAAUCCGGAGGAGUUCGUCCAUUUGGUGUGUCUCUACUGAUAUGUGGGUGGGACAGCGGUAGACCAUACCUGUUCCAGUGUGAUCCAUCCGGAGCAUACUUUGCUUGGAAAGCCACAGCGAUGGGGAAGAACUUUAAUAAUGGGAAGACAUUCUUGGAGAAGAGAUACACCGAGGAAUUGGAGCUUGAUGAUGCUGUCCACACAGCGAUCCUGACUCUCAAGGAAGGUUUUGAAGGACAGAUGACGGCUGAUAAUAUUGAAGUUGGUAUAUGUGAUGCCGCUGGCUUCAGAAGACUGGAACCGGCACAUGUUAAAGAUUAUCUCGCUAAUAUACCAUAA